AUGUAUUCAAUAACAUCGUCGAAAUUUUCUGGCUAUGACAACUAUAACAAUAGCAACAAUAACAUGAUGACAUCAAUAACAGCCCCACAGCAGCAGCAAAGUCAACAGAAAAAAAGAAAAUUUCGAUUCCAAAAGCAUUUACGAAAACCACAAUCAUUUAAUACUUAUCUGUUACAUCGCUCCAAUUCCACUUCUUCAACUUCAUCGUGCGAUAGUUCAAUAUAUACUCUAGCAUCAUCUCCAACCUCUACCAAUCCGCCGAACAAUAAGUUAACAUCAUCGGCAACAUCGGCACCGACAUCUACAACAACUACAUCAUCAUCGGAAAUGGUCGUUAACAUAACAUCGGGAUUAGUUCGACGACUUUCUGCAACAAUUCGUUUUGCAGGUUUAUUGGAUGGAAGUAUUCACCAAGAUGAUGUCAGCAGUAUUAACUAUUCUUCCAGUAACAAUAGUGCUGAUGAUUGGGAUCCACGUGAGGAUGAUGAAGACGAUGAGGAGGAAUUCUUUUAUAACAAUAGCAAUCGUAACAGUAUUUGCUGA